AUGACCAAGUCGAAGAAGGGUAAGGGCGCCAAAACCGCUAGUCAACCAAACUCUGCUACCGAGGCCAAUCCGGAACAUGCAACUAUAUCGCCUUCAGCUCCGCCUGGAAGACCUUCAACAAGCGCGCCGACGAAAGAGGAACCAGGAACAGCACCAGGAGGGCCAACAUUGCGUUCACCAUUGGCGUUCCUUCCUUCAUUCAAUGCUUUUCAAGCCAUGCCGCCGGAAUCCACAACUGCCAACUGGAUGAAAGUUCAAACUUUAGAUGACGAUCUCAAGGUCUUUCUACAACCAAACAUAACCAAAUCCUCAAAGGGCAUCACUAGCCUUAAGCUUUAUCGCAUCUUGGUUCACUUCAACCCCAAAACUUCUUCGCGACCCAGUAAUCUCAAAGAUCUUCUCUGGAGCAAAUAUGUCACGGAUGUUGCUCCCCUCCUGAAGCCUCACAUUUUGCCUGAACCUGCUGCCUCCAUGGAAACCAAAUCAUCAUCUCACGACUUUGAUCCUCUCAGCCGCAAGACCACUCGCAAACAGCUCACCGAGGCCGUACAUUCAGUCAACCGCCAAUUUGUCAUUCCAUCCAAUUCUCCGCGUGAUUGCUUAUUAGUCUUAUAUAAGGUAUUUGUUGACAAAGAUUUGUUCCUCCCCUGGCUCACCGAUUUUAUCAAGUCUCCCAAGGUUGUUCAACCAGAAAGGGUUCAUACAUUAUCUAUGGAGGAGCUUCGUAUGACUUUGCAAGAACAAGCACCGCAUGUAUUUAUACACUUGGGUCCAAUGACCUUAAGUGUUCUCAUCAAUAUUUACAUCAAGUUUGUCUGUGAUGAACCAGUGGGUGAUGACGUGCUUGUGAAAGGGUUUCACUACUCCCUCUUUCGUCAACAUGAGGAGUGA